AUGUCAGCAACUCCGAUGCCAUCUGGGUUUGACUGUGCAGAUGCUCCCAUUGAGUUAGCCUGGUCGUCUCAGCGACCCGAGCUCCGCGAUGAGACGGAAGAUUGGAUGGGUGUGACCAAUCCAGUGGAGAGGCGAAAACUACAGAACCGCUUGAACCAGAGAGCACGGAGAAACCGUGCACAAAAGAAAAGUGCCCCAGCCAAACAGCCCCGCCGUGUUGUCAUACCAGACGAGGCCAACGAGAGCGACGCGUCGGGUCGUGAAGGCAGUUGCAGCACAUCCGACCUAUCUCUGAACGACCUUAGCGAACCCGAUGCCGCAAUAGCGCAAAGGUCAUGCAUGGCCGCCCACCCCAAGGUGCAGGAGCUCAUGCGCCGCUUUUCCGAACACGCAUACGCCAGCUACAUGCAAGGCACACCCGCAUUGUCCCACUUACCGCUGCUACUCAAAUACAACGUCGCCAGCGGUCUCGCACGGAAUGCCGAUAUCCUGGGAGUUACUGCGCAGUACUACGAUUGGUAUGGCAUCUCACCACUCAAUAAACAAGGCCCGCUCCUAGGUUCCGACGCAGGGGCUGAAUGGCCAGCAUGUCUCCAACCCACCGAACUACAAAGCUCAAUAGAGCAUCAUCCGUGGCUCGAUCUGUUCCCGUGGCCAAAAGUACGAGACAACAUGCUGCAAGCUUUCCAACGAACAGAACCUAUCGACUACGAAGACGCGCUAUGCCAUGAUAUCUGCGAGUACAACCAUCUAGACCGUAAUCUCAUACUGAUAGUUUGGGGUCCGCCAGAAGACCAUCGCAGUUGGGAGAUCGAUCCGGCGUUCCUCGAGAAGUGGGGCUGGCUGUUGAGUGGAUGUCCGGAGGUGUACGAAACGACAAAUUAUUGGCGUGCGACACGAGGCGAGAAGCUGUUUACGCCACAGCAGUGGCACAACACCAUACAAAGCAGUUUGCCAAAGGAGCUGCACUACAGCGUUCAUGACUGA